AGCUACUACUCACCAUGUACAAAGCCAAAAUCUCGCAAAAAAUCAAAUCGAUGGCAGAAGCCCAUAAGAAUAAAGUCAAAGAUGAGUCCUACCGUAAGUAACACAUGAUCGCACUGCCACAAAUAGGUUAUAGUGGUAAUCCCCCAAAUCAUGUUUCGUAUGACUAUGUUGAGUGCAAGGAUUGCAAAACACGCGGACAUUUCAGCAAGGCAGACCAUGAAUGCAAGUUUUACAAAGCAGUUUCUGCGGCUGAUGUUGGAAGUAGCGGCAAGAAACGUAAGCAAUCAACUACAAUCAAGGAAGGAAAGAAGCAAACAACUGGAGAUAUCAAGUGCAUCAGUUGUGACUUAAAGGGUCAUUCUACUUCUCGUUCCCUCGAAUGGAAAAGUUGCCAAAGGUUAUACAGCCCAACUCGAACAAUUCUGCAAAGUCUUCAACUUCAAAAAGUUUGGCUUUAA